CUCUAUGUUGUUCCAUUCCUAUUCCCUGCAAAACUAAAACACCAAAUUCCGUUCCCGAUUUCCCAGCAACCAAACAAACCAAAAAAGAACGGGAAUAGGAAUUUUUUUUUUUUUUUUUUUUUUUUUUAAAUUUCGGAAACUCAAACAAUAAUCUCUUUCCCUUUAUAUCCUUGAACACCACCAAUUUCUUCUGUGUGACCCUAACCCUAAUUUGUCUUCCAAUUCCAAAUUUUGUGCUUUCCACAUGAAGAAGAAACCUUUUGAAUUGGAGCCCAAGUACCCUAAAUCCCACCUAAGAAACUCCAAAGUUUGGUUUUUCGAGCCCUAGGUUUUCCCCAAUCUCUCAUGGACUUGCCUCAGCUUCGCUCACCAGAAGCUGUAUCCCCAUUCUCCUCCAUGAACGACACUCUAUCUCCGCCUCCGUCCAGCGACGGUGGCGAUGAAAGCUUCGAUGCGUGGUACGGAAACAUACAGUAUCUGAUCAACAUAUCGGCGAUUGGCGCGUUCUUCUGCGUCUUCAUCUUCGUCUUCGUGAAGCUACGCAGCGACCAUCGGCGCAUGCCCGGCCCUGCUGCGCUACUCACCAAGCUUCUCGCCGUGUGGCAUGCCACUGGCCGCGAGAUUGCGUGCCACUGCGGCGCCGACGCCGCGCAGUUUCUAUUGAUCGAAGGUGGUAGCUGUGCAGUGCUAUUGUCCGUGGGAGUCUUAUCGAUAUUUGUGAUACUUCCUCUUAAUCUCUAUGCCGGGACUGCUGUAUUGUCCGACCAAUUCUCGAAGACGACGAUAAAUCACAUCGAGAAAGGUUCGGCUUUACUUUGGGUACAUUUUAUUUUUGUAGUGGUGGUGGUUGUUUUGGUGCAUUUUGGGAUUUAUGCCAUUGAAGAGCGUCUGAGAAUUACUAGGUUUAGGGAUGGGAAUGGAAAUCUAAGUGACCCAAGUGCGAAUUCUACAGCAAUUUUUACUAUAAUGGUGCAGGGUAUACCCAAAACACUAGGUGCCGAGAAGGUAGUUUUGCAAGAGUAUUUUCAGCAUAGGUACCCUGGCAAGGUUUUUAGAGUUAUUGUGCCAAUGGAUUUGUGUGCAUUAGAUGAUUUAGCAACUGAAUUGGUGACGGUUAGGGAUGAAAUCUCGUGGUUAGUGGCACGGAUUGACUCUCGGCUCUUGCCGGAUGAAAGUGAAGAUUAUGCAAACGUAUGGAACUCUUGGGAGGGUUUCUGUGAGAGGAUGCGUUAUUUGUGGAAGAAACUAGAAUUUUUGUGGGGUCAGAUCAUGGCUACUUUGGGUUAUACUGAUGAAGAACGGUUAAGAAGAUUGCAGGAGAAGAGAGCUGAAUUGGGGACUGAACUGGCAGCUUUCAAAGAAGGCCGCGCACUGGGUGCUGGAGUUGCAUUUGUGGUGUUUAAGGACAUCUACACAGCCAAUAAAGCUGUUCAAGAUUUCCAAAAUGAGAAGAAGAGGCGGGUUGGAAAAUUCUUUUCUCUCAUGGAAUUGCGGCUACAUAGGAACCAAUGGAAAGUUGAGCGAGCACCCUUGGCUACUGACAUUUACUGGAAUCACUUAGGAUCUUCGAAGCUCUCGCUGAAAUUGCGGAGAGUGGCUGUGAACACAUGCUUACUCUUGAUGCUUCUGUUCUUUAGUUCUCCUCUUGCUGUUAUCAGUGCUGUGAAGAGUGCUGGGAGGAUUAUAAAUGCUGAAGCCAUGGAUCAUGCUCAGUCAUGGUUAGCUUGGGUGCAGAGUUCAAGUUGGAUUGCAAGCAUUAUUUUUCAGUUCCUACCCAAUGUUAUUGUAUUCGUGAGUAUGUAUAUAGUAAUCCCAUCAGCUCUUUCCUAUCUUUCCAAAUUUGAGCGACAUCUUACAGUGUCUGGCGAGCAAAGAGCUGCACUCCUGAAGAUGGUUUGUUUCUUCCUUGUAAACCUCAUCCUGCUUAAGGCUUUGGUUGAGUCAUCCUUAGAGAGUACAAUCCUGCGAAUGGGGCGGUGCUAUUUGGACGGAGAAGAUUGCAAGAGGAUUGAGCAGUACAUGAGUGGAUCAUUUUUGUCGAGGUCAUGCCUUUCAUCUCUAGCAUUUCUCAUCACUAGUACAUUUUUAGGAAUAUCUUAUGAUCUAUUGGCUCCAAUCCCUUGGAUAAAAAAGAAGAUGCAAAAAUUUCGGAAGAAUGACAUGCUGCAACUGGUCCCUGAACAAAGUGAACAAUACCAAUUAGAAAGUCAGGAAAUAAAUAAUCUACAGAUGCCACUGAUGCCUGAUGAUCCUUAUGGUUCUCCUAGACAGAAUGGAAUAGAACUUCGGGGACAAGUAGACAAUACAGUCAACAGAACAUCAACGGCUCCCAAGCAGACAUUUGAUUUUGCUCAAUAUUAUGCAUUUAAUUUGACAAUAUUUGCCCUCACCAUGAUUUAUUCUUCGUUUGCUCCGCUUGUGGUCCCUGUUGGUGCAGUUUAUUUUGGAUAUAGGUAUGUGGUUGAUAAGUACAACUUUCUUUUUGUCUAUAGAGUCAGGGGCUUUCCUGCAGGCAAUGAUGGGAAGUUGAUGGAUACAGUAUUGUGUAUCAUGAGGUUCUGUGUUGAUUUGUUCUUGGUUUUCAUGCUCUUGUUCUUUUCGGUCCAAGGAGACUCGACGAAGCUGCAAGCUAUUUUUACACUUGGGGUAUUAGUAAUGUAUAAACUGCUGCCUUCUCAUAGUGAUGGUUUCCAACCAGCUCUUUUGCAAGGCAUACAAACUGUUGACAGCGUUGUUGAUGGCCCCAUUGAUUAUGAGAUCUAUUCACAGCCGAAGUUUGAGUGGGAUACUUCUAACACAUGAUUUGGGCUUUUUACCUCAUUAUUUACCAGUUAGUUGAAUUGUCACGUCUGCAGUUUGUACUUCUCUUCUUCGCCUUAUUUGAAAAACCCAAACAGAUAAGAAAAUGAAAAUUCUUUCGCCAUGUUCAUAUGUAAUUCUAUACGUAUUUAUGACAUUUAAUCCCUCUUUUCUUUUUCCUAUA